AUGGGCCACCAGCAAGUAAAACCAACAAGAAGCCUUCAAAAGAUGCAACAUAUAGUAAAUUUCUUCUUUAGUGCUUUUACUCCUAUACUCGCGUCGUUACAUUGUCUGUUGGCAUUUUCGGUAGCAUUGACAGUUCCAGCAUCUAGAAGAAAUAUAGAAUUACAGUACAAGGAGUUGCGCGGAUUGGCUUCAAAUCAUGAAGAAAUGAAUUUCUCUUACGAAGAUCUUGUUAAUUAUGUUAAAAUGCAUUGGAUGAUGGCAGAAAAAGGUGACCCCCAAUUUGCGAUAGCUUGUUCACAGAUUUCUUUUUCUUUUGGGGCUAUAUGUUCAGCUUUUGCCAUCGGUGCCAUCUCUUCGCUUAUAUCUCCAUACUUUCCUCACGCGGGAUCAUCCGAUUAUAAGUGGUCAAUCAAGAUUAUUAUUUAUGUACAACAAGUUGGGGUUUUUCUAGGCUGUUUAGCACCAAUAUCUAGAUGUUUUUCCGUUACCAGUUAUGUCAAGCCUUCUAAGAAAUGGAGCAAGAACCAUCUAAACGUCUUCAAAGUUGAAAAACAAUGGAUAGAAAGACUUGAGCAAUGGAAACGCAUCCACGUCCGUUCUCAUAUCCCAGGGCGCCAUUGCAAAAAGGUUUUCCACCUGGUCAAAAACAUGAUUUUGAACAUUUGUAUUGCACUACAGAUCGUGGCUGCAGUUAUAUGUAAAACGUUUUGUCUUGUUCCUAGAUGUUUCCUGAUCUUAUUCUUUUAUUGUUGGUAUCUCUGCAAAUUAUUAUUGAAAAGGUUUAAAUGGGGGUCAAAAAAUGACUACGUAAGUGAAGAAGAGGUGGAAAAAGCCAAGUAUGUUAUGCUAGCUGAAGAAGAGGCGAACCUUUCAGAGAGAAUAUUGACAAAUAUGCUUCAAUCUAUAACUAAGCUUAUUAAAGUAUCUGCAGAGAAGGAGCCGAAAAAUCUUAUGAAGCUUCUAGAUAAAUCUACAGGAUUCAAUGGAGUAAUAAAGUUCGACAAUGAUGAAGUCCCUCCUCUAUAUCCUGAAGAAGUCCAGAAUUGUUGGAGCCUAGUAGCGGUAACGUUAAUGACUAUUGCAAUCGCACUUCCUAACAUUUCAAAUAGCCAUGUCAAAGAAUUACUUGCUAGUAUGCGGGAAGGACUCCAAAUUGUAAGAAAUAUUGAAGAAACCCUCAAUGAAAAUGCUGACUUCGUAGGUGCGAGAAAAGCAGCUAGACGUUUGUGGAAAGACGUUGAGUUAUACAACAAGUGGCUACAUAUUGAUCUUCAACAGAAGUUUAGCAAGUCAAAAUCAACAAAGAAGAUUCUUCAAUGGUUGGGUGAUGAAGCAGUCAAAAAUGUGAUAGAUUUCAAGAGCUGCAAAAAAGGAAGUUUGAAUCGCUCGGUUCAUAAUUUUAUUGCUUCUAGUUCCAUGUAUAGAAUUAGUCAAACCAUACUACUUCACUGCAAUAAGCAAGAUAAUUGGCCAAAUGAUGGAGAACUUUUUGAGUGGAUGUCAACAAUGAUUGCAGAUGUGUUAUGUGCUUGCUUUACUAACUUACCACGUGUCAUAAAAAUGAAGUGUCAUCACGAUGCAACAGAGAAAAGGGGGGACACCAUUCAGAUUGCUGCGCAGCUUCUUGGUAAAUGA